AUGACUGACACGAGGGAGGUGACCGCGGAGGACACGGAGGAUAACGAGGCUAACAUGGAAAACCAGCUAGAGCUAGCUGAAGCUACGGAGGAGCUAACCACGGCUAAAGCUAUAAUGUGCUUGUCCAAUAAAAUGACAGAAAUGAAGGACGAAAUAAAACAAGAACUGGCGCAUUUCAAAACGGAGAUUAACCAGAAGCUUCUGAAUAUUACUGCGGAUAUUCGAAACCAAGGCACGCGUCUGGCGGAAUCUGAACAGCGUUUUGGUGAACUCGAAUCUGCGAACAAGGAUCUAAGAGACGCGCUCCUACACUCGGUCAAACAGAAAACCCUGAUGACAAAAAUGAUUUGGAGGGCCGAUCCAGACGAAAUAACCUCCGUGUAA